CCGGUUGGCGAGAACAAGUGACAAGUGCAUCUAACACGUCGUCGCUACCGAUGUGUCGUCAUCCACGAUAGCGCAAGGUUUCAGGCAUGGCUUAUCGUAUCGGUUUGGCGUUUAUGACGGAAUAAACAUUCCAAGUUUAUAUAGAGUGGUUGACAUACUCAUCGCAGUCUUUACUAAGAACGCAUGUCAGUGAUGAAUUAGAAUUAAAAAAGACGUUUAUUUUGCAUCUUCAAUUUGGUCUAUAUUAUAAAUUGGAGUUCGAACAGGAAAAUAAUUAUUUUAAAUAUUCGAUGAUCAUUUUGCGUAUAUUUAUUUUGAAAAAAAAGUUUUAUAUGCUUCUUUCUUUUGUUGACAUUGACUCACAAAAGAAGUGAAACAAAUACAUUAAUAAUACUAAUAAGGCGUUCCAAUUUACGAAUACAAAUCUGUUAUAGUGGUAUAGUGGUGUGAAGUAUUUUCGUGGACCCAAUACACAAUAAUUAAGAGCACAGUAACGGUAAUACAAUGGACCCAAAAUCGGAUUUACACAAAAUGGAUAAAAUGGUCGGCUACGACGACGAAAUAGGAUUCAGCGAAGACUAUGAUUAUGCUAACUAUUAUAACUAUACCUACGAUAUAAUGGAUUCUAUGAAGCAUUUACCACUUGACGAGUUCUUGCCGACCGUUAUCAUUUACGGUAUUGUUGGACUCAUGGGUCUCGUCGGAAAUUUGCUCGUGCUGUUUGCAAUUGCAAGGGUUAAAAGGAUGAGGACGAUCACAAACAUGUUCUUGUUCAGCCUUGCCUCUGCGGACCUUCUGUUGGUGUGCCUUUGUAUUCCAGUCAGGUGUGUGGCGUUCUAUUCGUACACUUGGAACCUAGGCGAGUUCAUGUGUCGGGGUACUCAUUACGUGCAGCACGUGUCAAUGAUUUGCUCUGCGAUGACACUCACCACCAUGAGCAUUGAAAGGUUCAUCGCUAUCCGAUUUCCGCUGCGCGCGCGUUCCCUGUGCACUAAGCGGCACGCGCGAGUCGUCAUCUCUGUCACCUGGGUGACGUCAUUUGUUGCCGCUGUACCUAUCAUCUUCGUCAUCAAACACCACCCAGUCGGCCAGAGCUUCGAGCACUUCUGGUGCGUAAAGUGGUUCCCGGACAUGCCGCUGCUAGGUCGCGCGUUCGAGCUCUACAUGCUCGCCAUCAUGCUGAUACUGCCCUGCCUCGUCAUGGUCAUCACGUACACAUGGAUCGCAAACAUUAUCUGGCACGUGGCCACGAUGCGCGCCGACAUGAGGUCGGGCAGUUGCAUUUCUGAAAACCUAGAGAAAUCAUCGGUAGCUAACGGUACUUCAAACGGUGUUCAGAUGACACCAACCACUGACAGAACAUCCCGUGCAACACCCGUGGUACCGUUGACGUCGCCUCUAGCAGUUUGUCCGUCCACAAAAGCUUACGUUGAUGACGACCGGACGAGAAAACAGGUGGUGAUGAUGCUCAUGGUGGUGGUGGUCUUGUUCGCGGUAUGUUGGACGCCCCUCCUCGUGAACAACCUCCUGACGGCCUUCGAUGUCAUAGACCACCUCCACGUCGGCGCUCUGAAGCCUCUCCGCAUCGCCUUCCACAUCCUUGCAUACGCCAACAGCUGCGUAAACCCCUUUGUGUACGCCUUCAUGUCUAAGAACUUCCGGGACGGCUUCAAGCAGUCGGUGCUCGCCUGUCUGCGCGGCAGCGAGUACUUGAUGCGAAGCAAGUCCCGUUAUCUGACGUCGACCACGCGCGCGUCGACGUCGAAUAGCGCUGACGUAAUAAGGCAAGUGACGCACCGGACGGAUUCGCUGGCUAUGCGACGUUCUAGCGACCUUCUGUAGUUCUGAAGCACUUGGCGACUGGAUAUAUUGCUGAGACAAGUGAUAACUCUCAAUUGUAUAGACAUGUAAUUAUGGACGAAAGUGUUGAUCACUCUCGGUUAAAUUUGUCGUUGUUCGUAUUGCUAAGUAAAUUGUAACGCAUUGCAGCUCACACCAACAUGCACUUUAAAUGGUAGUAAAUAUGUGUUGAUGCUUAUUGUGGUGUUCAGGAUAAAGAAUUGUAUAAUCGGUCGGCUAUUGUAUUGUAUUUAAUGCCAUUUGUACGCUUCGCAUACGCGCACGUAGGUUGCUGGAACAACCAUUCUGACGCGUGAAGUUUGUAACUUGUAUGUUUUAUGAACGUUCAUAUGAAGCCGUUAGUAUAUUCGUGUAUAAUCGCUUCGCAUCAAACCUUAAACAAACGUUUUCAGUAUGUGUUUGUUUUUCGAUGUGUUAUUUGAUCGGGCGAUUGUUUUCAACAGUGGAAUUAAUUUCAUAGGAAAGAUGAUAUAAUUUUGUUAAGAUUUCAUGUAUGUUUUCCCCCUUUUUUAUUGAUUUUGUAUAUGAAUGAAGACCGAUCCACGAGUUCUUUUAAUUGAACAUGCAAUAACGCAUUAAAAUAAUAAAAAGGUAAUUGUACAGAAUAAAAACAGUUUUUUUAAUCGGCUUAGUCAAACGAAUUUGUUAGUUUUAAGUCAGAAAACGUUGUAUUUACAAAAAGAUUUAACCUACAAAUGACCUCCAGAUAUCUUUGGAGCAUACCGCAUGGAAGUGAAGGCGUAGACUAAAUUCGUUCAUAUCAGAAAAACUGUCGAAAAAUCUUCAUUUCACGCUGGGAUAAUGCAUUUACAACAGUUCCAGUUAGCUCGCCCGGGGUACUAAUCGUUAUUCGAUGCUUGACAGACAUACGAUUUAGAUUUAACGCACGUUAUUACAUUUCGCUUGUUAACGCGUACAGUGCUAACUGGUGUUCCCUUAAAUGAAUAAAUCGCGGGUAAUUAUGAUAUAGUAAGCAACACUUUUAAAUACAUCAGUGCUGUGUCAGAACACAGCUGCACGUACCGCAGUUGUAAUUUGUUAAAACUCGUGAAUAGCUUUUGCUGUAUCAUGGCGUUUCGGCUCGAUCAAAAACACUUUAUUGAAAACUUCACAUUUCACUAUGUAAUAGGUUUCUUUACCAUCCAACCCAAACAAGUAAAACACGCCAUUUGCGGCUUUUUUUGGUUUGUCGUAAAUGGGCAUACGAUCAUAUCCGAAUGAUGUAGCUCCAGAUAUUCCUCGGAAUCCGUAAGCUCAGAUGAAAAAUUUUAACGUCCGCUUAUGAGAUCACCAAGCCUUGCUUUUUGUGUAGCGGACAAGAAAGCUCCUGACCAGACACCGCGGAAGUGCAGGCUGGUCUGGAACUACGCUAGCCAAGUAUGAAAUAAGACCGACUUUCGCAUACCCGGCUCAUUUUUCAUUAUUGGGCAGGUUACCUAAAGUGGUUCGCAUUCAAGUUUGACUUUGAUCAAUAAUUUACCUGCAUAAAAACGUUGACAAUUUAAAAAGGAAAAACACUCAAGUCUUUAUUCGAAUUCAAUGUACAAGGGUCGUCUUCGCAUUUACAGCUAGUCAUUUUACAUGAGAUGUCAGUAUGACAUGUAAUAUCACGGAAACCCAUCAGAUGUAAUAAUUCUAACCUUCCGGCUUUUAAUAAAAUAAAAUAUUUGACAUUCCGAUUCCUGAUCAUUUCGCAAACACAUUUUAAAAUGCUUACGCGGACGAUGAAAUUUGCACAAUGUCACGUAGAACAAUAACUUCAUACGACGCUUGCAAUUUGAAUUGAAGAGCAAAUACACGCGGAAACAUUCAGAAUUUAAACAUGAAGUACAUUACUAUUCUUACUUCCAAGAGGUUUCAAUUUCUGGUAAAAAGCAUAUAGUCCACUUGAUAAGUCAACAAUUAAUAUCGAGUUUCUCCACACAUCGACGCAAGAAUAUUGUGUAAGACGUGUAUGCGACUUAAGCUUAUAGCGAGGCAACCGAAAGCAGAAACAAGCGAUAUCUAAAAUCGUUAUCCGUUAAAAAUCAAAGUAAAUGUGUGUUUUUUUAACGAAUUGGUUCGAUUAUGCUUUUAUUCUCAUAUAUUUGUUAUCGUCUGUAACACUAUUAAGUUUUGCGCAAUCGAUUAAACUUUUGUCAUAUGAUCAAUUUUAGAUUUGUUUUUACAUUGACUCUGUAUUCUACAGUCUUUCUGUAUUUGUUUUAUACCAUUUAUUUCCGUAUUUUCUUGUGAUGUAUAUAUUGGAAGGUAUUAUCUGGAGAAUACAAGGUUUUAUUGUAAAACAGAAAAUAUUAACCCAAGAUGAAUGAACAUUUCAUAACAGAUUGCAUCCAUCUUUCGGUAAUUGUUACCGUGCAGAAAAUCUCAAAAAACGAUCUCGUCAUCUCGUUUGUCUCUGAUUUUAUUGUAUAUUUCUAGUCAAAAUUCGUUUUGCUUGUUUUGCAAACGUAUUUUUCACAACUAUUUUUUAAGCUUUUUUUACCUCUGCACAAAUAUCAGAAAAAUAAUCUGAUAAUCGAUUUUUGUAUAAUUUAGCAUUAAAGAAACGUUACUGUUUCGAACGACUGAGUGAGAUUUUAUCACAAAUAUUUAUCCCGUAGAAAAGUGUUCACGAAGUAUUCGCCCAUUUUCUACUGAAAUGCAUGCAGUUGUAAAAAAAUAAGGUUGCAUAAGAUAUUGGUCAUAUAUUCAAAGCCACUAGGUUAUUGCUAUUACUUUUUGAAUCAUGUAGGCAAUUUCAACAAUUGUUAAAAAAACUUAGUUAAUAGUGACACAUUAAAGUUUAACAUUACUGCAUAAUAAAACUGAAACUCCUACAAUCAUAAAAGUGAAAUUUAAUUUAAAAUGUUGUUUGUAACAAUAUCUUUUGUAUUGAAACAUACUGAUUUAAUGUAUAACCAUGUUGACAAUGUCAUUGACUGCUAAAC